CGGGGCUCCCCGGGCUCCCGACUGCGCUGCUCGGACCCCGUUCCGCCCCUGCGGCACCUGCGAGCCUGGGCGCGGCUCAGCCCCGGCUCCUCGGACGAGUGGCGGUUUCAGCGGCGCCCUGCCAAGGGCUGAAGGCCCGCAGGGAAGAGCGGACGCGGAACGGUUCGGUUCGCACAAACGCUGCAAGGCGCUUCCCAGCUCCUCCUGGGGCAGCAUAGAGUCAAAUACUCGGAGGUGUAAACAGGCAGUGGUGCUGAGACAUGGAUGAGGACAUUUUUCGAGCUUAUGAAGAUGAAAUCCAGGCACUGGAAGAAGAAAUUAGGCUGUUGACAGAAGAGUAUGAGGAUAUGCGACAAGAAUCCGCCUUCUUUUCUGAUGAGGAGAUACUGAAGUCAAUAAAAUUGUUCCAAAGAGAAGCUCAGGAAAGAACCAAGGGACAUGAAUCUCCAUCAGACCUGAAAGCUCAGCUUGAAAGUCUAGAAGCAGAUCUUUCAUUUUUAACGGAAUUUACUGGGUUUCAUUUCACAAGUCAUUCCAAGAAAACAGUGGAAAAAACUCAAAACAGGACGGUGCAGAAGCACAGAUUAUCAGGGAGGUGUCACUCCCUGCCUUUUCAACUGGAAUUCCAGCUUCUUGAAAUGCAGAACAAUGAGAAAGUGUCUGCUGUUGUUAGUGAUCUCAGCAUUAUAAUGGAAUCCAGAGAAGAUUCAAAUGUGAGCAAGUUUGUGUCACGCACUGAAGAACAUGCAGAUCUUCUAACAUUUUUCAGAAGCUUUUCAACCUAUGCUGAGUGGCAUGAACAUCGUAGACACACCUUCCACCAUUUCAAGGCCAAGUAUCCCGACAUCGUGACCCUUCCAGAAGGACUGCUGGGAGAUUUUAUAAUUCUGAGGAACCCCAAAGUUUCUGGGUUUGAACUGAUGAUUGUCUGGAAGAUCCAUCUUGAUGAAGAAGGGACCACUACACCUGUCCUGGACCUGCUGCCCAAAGUGCCAGAGCAAGUCCUGGAGCAGAGGAUGAGGAGUGUGGGGAGCAUCCCUGGCAGCUUCCGGAGCGUGCUGCGGCUCUUGGGCAUCGAGGCAGCCAUCGAGAACCUGAUCAAAGUGCUGGGCUCAGAAAAAUGAAUGCCAGCAUUACUUACACCAGGUAGCAAUUUCAAAAGUAGUUUUAAUUAAGAUAUUGUGUUACACAGUCUGUAAUUUUAUUGAAUAUAAACAUUAAGUUAUUUUCCAUUUAGAAACCAUACUCAUAAAACAUGCUAUCUGUACAAUUAUGGCACGUUAUAUAUAAAUUGUCAUGACAUGAAAAUAAAUACAGCCAUUUAAAUACAAAAAUGCCAAAUAAAAUAGUUACAUGUACAGAGUGAUUUCAUUAUAAAUUUAUCUUUCUGAAUCAUUAAUGUACCAGAGUGGUUUAUCUUCUUAACAUUUUCUAGAUACCUGGAAAUUGUUAAAAGAUCAUGCACUGUCAAAAUCAAGUCCAUAAAAAUCCAAUUCAUUUCACAGCUCUGUAAAAGUACAGUGAUUUUAAAAUGACAAAAGAACAGUAAGAGACUCCUAGAACAAAGAGUUAAACAGCUUUCUCAUUAAAUUAGGGUAGAAGAAGACAAUUUGAAGAUUUCAAAGACAUACAAUGCUAAAAAAGCCAAAGGUAACUGUAUGAAGUAACUUUGUUCCACAAUGUGUGUUGAGACAGAGUUAAGCUAACCCAGAGAGGCCCGUGACACCCCUGGGAACAGGAGAGCCAGUCCCCUCCUGCCCACUGCAGCACUUCCUUUGCAUUUCUGACUUCCAGGAGGAAAUCCUGGCAACACAUGAGCAAAGCAUCACCGUUCACACAUUCAUCCCUGAAGAAAUAAAACAGAUCAGACAAAUGUCUUGCCUCUCCCUUCACUUCCAUCAGAUGUGCCAUAAGCCCACCAGGGAAUUCUCAGUGUUUCCAGGAGUUCCUGCUCUGCACUAGCACUGCACCCCAACCAAACUGAUGUGACUGAAGGUCGGGUACUUCUCAGGUGGGGAGUAACAGUUCCUGGGACCAGGAGCCCAAACCCACCAGCUCUGGGCUCUCCUGGGGCAGGAGGAGCCCUCCUUUCCAAGGCCAGAGCUGCUGCAGCCCCUGGCAGCACAACCACCCACUCCAUGCAGCAGUGAGAAAGAGGUGAAGUCUGAACUAAAGCAACAUCCCAUAAAGGUAAUAAUCCACUAUUUAAUCACUGAAAUUGUCUCCCACUGUUCUGGUAGGUUAGGAAAAACUGACAGACCAGAGCCUGGUUUCUGCCAGACUCUGAGCAACACCAGACAUUGGGUUUUGAUGAAUGGAUGGCAGCUCUAUCUUGUUAGAUGAGGCAGGCUCAUUUCAAGCUUGGAAUCCAGUACACAGGCAACAUUCCUUCCUACUUGUCCACUGACAUGGAACUGGUUGAGCCAGUUUUGUGUAACCUUCAAUUAAUCUUUAGCUUCCUCCUCCUUGCCUUAAAAUUAAACUGUUUGCUCAGCACAGACACUGCUGUUUGCAGAUGAAAUGUGUGUAAAGUUACAGCAUAAAAACCUGGAAACUUCCCAGCUGUGCAGGGUCCUUCCUUCCUCCUCUUUCUAAUAGCUGGAGGGUUUCUGGAUUUAUAAGGAGCUCUCCUGCUCCAGGUUUUCUUUGGGAAGAAGGGGUUAUUCCUGCUGUCAGCUGUCACCUCAUUGCACUCUUGUAGUCUCACAGCUCAGGCCUGCCCCAGAAGGGCUCCUGGCACUGGGUGCCAUCACUGCCAGUUCAGGUCUCUGGCACAGGGACAGUGGUGGCUCUGUGCUUCACAUUUCUUCCUUCAGUUGUGCCAAGGUAGAGGGGGUGCUAUUUUUGAAUUUCAGGUAAAGUGGAACAAUUUAAAGGUUACACUGAGGUCCCAAUAUAAACCUCUCCCUACACCCUGAACACCAUUGCUGGUAGGCACAGGCUGUAUCCAGGUAAGAGCUGUUCACUGGGGCUGAAGGAGUAGCUCUGCACCAUUCAGGGGGUGUAAGCCUUGAGGGGAACAGAGCUGCAGAUUUUAUCAUUCACCCUCAGGUUUGGCCAUACCCUUCAGGUCCAGCUCAGGAUCUUCCCCAAGGAUGGCUUUGCUGCAGCACCUCCCCAGCCUUCAGCUGCAGCACUGGCACAAGCUCACCCUGGCACAAGACUGACCCACUGCAGCUGCAGGGAAGAAAAUGGGGUUCUGUCACCUUUUUCCUGUGUCAUUUACAGCACAAGAGCCUGAAAGCAGCUGCUCAUGCUAUGCAGUGUGUGGGGCAUCAGUGUAAUAGUGCCAAUGUUUGACACAUCCUGAAAGACCUGAAAUGACCUGUAAAACUCAGAGCAUAUUCUUCUUAUAGCUCAAUUUAAAUCAGGCAAGAGCAAGCUGUGGUUUCACCUCCAAUAGCAGCAUAUAGUGUACAGAGACAAUAAAAACCAGCAUGGCAGGUGAGUUAAGCCCAACUAUCAUGUAAAACUCAAGGUUGCUUACCUUAACCCUUUGCACUUUGUUUCAGAAGCUUUAGGCAGAUACAAGGUGAUCACACAACUUCUGGAGGCAGCCUGGUGUUCCUAGUCCAUGCAUUAGUACUUAAAUGUUCUGCAGUGCCAGGGCAGUCCCACAGAGCAGCCACUGCAUGGUUGAAUUUCCAGUGGAUUAAUGCUAAAGUGUUGUACAGGAUUUGCCAGAGCAUUCCCUCCCUUAGUAGGGAUGAGGGAGACUCAAAGCACAGGGUCCAAGGUAAAUCUCUUGUUAGUAAUUAGGCUUUCUAUGUUAGUGCAAUACUUCAGGAAACCUUUAAUUCUGUGCUCUUUCAAUUCUAAGGAUUUUCAAAUUAAUUUGAUCUGUCCUCUAGUUCCAAGGUAUGGCACAUUACCUGUUCUGUCACAUUAAAUACAUUCAUUAAGGUUAUCUAGCAAACAUGUGGCUUAGUGCUAUCCCAGGUCUCUGAGAAGGCAUUACCCAUUAAAAAUCAUUUCAUAAAGCAAAAACAUUCACAGCUGAAAAAUGCACUGAACACAAUAGAAAAGAAAAAAAAA